UCUGUCUCCUCCUUUCCUUCAAAAGCAAGGAAUAAAAUCACAGCGGGGGAAAACCUGAUAAUCCUUGACACUGUUUCCAUUAUUUACUCAUUCCGCUCCUCGGUUUAUCUUUAGGAAAGCUCCAAACUCCAGACUUUGAAAUUUCGAAUCUGUAAAAUUGGUUCACCAGAAAAGGAAAGUUCACUACUUUAUAUGAGCUGAAAUCUCUGGGAAUCCAAACAGGCAUUAACUCUUUUUGGACCCUACUUUGUAUUUUUCUACAGCCAAGUAUUGGGUUUUUAUUUGAAUAUUUCUAUUUAUAAAGGAGGAAGAGAUUUUUGGGUUUUCUUUGGUGGAGUAUAAUUAUGGUGUAUUGAAAAGAAAAUUACAGAGUAAGAAAUAACAAGAAGAGGAAGAGUUGGUGAUGGUGAUUUGAUAUGUGGACCUAGUCUUUUUGGGUUUUUCUUCAAGGGUUUGAUUACAAAUUUCUGGUUAAAAGAGUCUGAACAGGAAUAUGCCUGCUGAAUCAAAUAUGAUGAGGAGAGCACCAACAAUUCAACAUUUGAAUAACUCAGCAGGAGAUCUUGACAGUGAAGUGGGUGUUUCAGAGUUUGCAAGAUACACAGUACACAUUCCCCCUACGCCUGAUAAUCAGCCAAUGGAAAUCUCUAUGCAGUCACCGAAUCGGCAUGUUUCUAGAACUGUUCAUGACACAGGCCACGCCCAGAUGGUUGGCUCAACAAGGUCAAUAUGUGCUGUACCUGGAUGCAAUCGUGAGAUCAUAAGUGAUGAGGAAGGUAUAGAUAUAGUCCCUUGUGAAUGUGGUUUCAAGAUUUGUAGAGCUUGCUACAGAGACACAAUUAGUGCUGGUAAUGGCGCUGAGGUUUGUCCUGGGUGUAAAGAGCCUUAUAGGAGGUUGUAUGUGUCUGAUGGGGAAGAAAAGUUGUCAUUGGUGAAGUCGUCGUUCACAAAAUCGCCAACAAAGUCUUCGGAGAGAGCUUUGACAAAAAGUCGGACUAAUGAGUUUGAUUACACAAAUUAUUUGUUUGAAUCAAAGAGAAAUUAUGGGUAUGGAAAUGCUGUCUGGCCAAGAGGCGAUGAUAGUGGGAAUGAUAAGGGUGUCAGUAAUGGAAUUGAUGGGGACACCAAAGUUUUUAAUGACAAACAAUGGAAGCCGCUUACUCGGAAAGUGAAAAUAUCUGCUGCAAUUCUUAGUCCAUACCGGCUCUUGAUCUUGAUUCGAAUAUUGGCUCUUGGAUUAUUUCUAUUUUGGAGGAUUACAAAUCCUAAUGAAGAUGCAAUCUGGUUGUGGGGUAUGUCUGUGGUUUGUGAAAUCUGGUUUGCCUUCUCUUGGCUACUAGAUCAGCUUCCUAAGCUCUGUCCUGUUAAUCGUGCCACGGAUCUUGAUGUCCUAAAGGAGAAGUUUGAAACACCUAAUUCUUAUAAUCCACUAGGAAAAUCUGAUCUACCUGGCAUAGAUGUCUUUGUUUCUACUGCAGACCCAGAGAAAGAACCUCCUCUUGUUACUGCAAACACCAUUCUGUCAAUUCUAGCAGCUGACUAUCCUGUUGAUAAGAUUUCAUGUUAUGUGUCUGAUGAUGGAGGUGCGCUUCUUACGUUUGAGGCCAUGGCAGAGGCUGCUAGUUUUGCCCAAAUCUGGGUUCCUUUUUGUCGGAAACAUGAUAUCCAACCACGAAAUCCUGAGUCUUAUUUUAACCUGAAAAGGGAUCCCUACAAGGAUCAAGUUCGUCCUGAUUUUGUCAGAGAUCGGAGGAAGGUGAAACGUGAGUAUGAUGAGUUCAAGGUGAGGGUCAAUGGUCUUUCUGAUUCAAUCCGACGAAGAUCUGAUGCCUAUAAUACUCGGGAAGAGAUGAAGGUUUUGAAAAAUUGGAGAGAGAACAAUGGGGAUGAACCAAUGGAAAGUUUGAAGAUUUCAAAAGCUACAUGGAUGGCUGAUGGAACUCACUGGCCUGGGACAUGGACUGUUCCUGCCCCUGAGCACUCAAGGGGUGAUCAUGCGAGCAUCAUACAGGUGAUGUUGGAUCCUCCCAGUGCUGAGCCACUAAAAGCUACUGAAGUUAAUGAAACUUCAAUGGAUGUCAGAGAGGUUGAUAUUCGCCUUCCUAUGCUGGUUUAUGUUAGUCGUGAAAAACGGCCUGGUUAUGAUCACAACAAGAAAGCAGGAGCCAUGAAUGCUCUGGUUCGAGCAUCAGCAAUAAUGUCCAACGGCCCUUUCAUUCUUAAUCUUGACUGCGAUCACUAUAUCUACAAUUCUGAAGCAUUGAGAGAAGGCAUGUGCUUCAUGAUGGAUCGUGGAGGAGAGCGCAUUUGCUAUGUUCAGUUUCCUCAGAGGUUUGAAGGAAUUGAUCCAUCCGAUCGAUAUGCUAAUCACAAUACUGUUUUCUUUGAUGUAAAUAUGCGAGCACUUGAUGGCCUUCAGGGUCCAGUUUAUGUUGGAACUGGAUGCCUCUUUCGCCGGACUGCACUUUAUGGUUUUGAACCACCUCAGUUGGAAGAGCAGACUGGUUGUUGCAGCUGUUGCUUUCCUCGCCGCAAGAAGUCUGCAACUGUUGCUUCUGUCCCUGAAGGAGAUGAUGAAGAGAUGCAACUCACUCUUAUUCCCAAGAGGUUUGGAAACUCCUGUAUGCUUGUUGACUCUAUCAGAGUGGCUGCAUACGAGGGCCAGCCUCUCGCUGAUCAUCCUUCUAUACAAAAUGGACGAAAGCCUGGUGCUCUGACAGCUUCAAGGGAGCCUCUGGAUCCCCCCACAGUUGGUGAAGCAGUAAAUGUAAUC